AUGGCCACAGAAGGCUCGUCAUCACAACCUCCAGCCGAGGACAACACCUCCGCCCCGGCCGACGAGAACGGCGAGCAACCCCAAUCAUCAUCCCCAGAUGCCGCAGAAGCACCAGCCGCGCCGGCAUCACCGCCCCUGCCGUCCCGGCACACAGCAGCGACGCCGGGGCCCCGCGCGCAGCGGUUCCAAGAGAUGUUCAGCCUCGCGCUGAACCACACGCUGACCAAGAUCUCGCCCGACAACUUCGCCUCGUGCUACCCGACGGUCGCGGCGCAGGCCCCCGGGGUGCUGGCACAGGUGCAGCGGUCCAUGGUGGACCGCUUCGCGGACCUGUGCAACCAGGAGUUUGGGCGCGUGCAGGCGCGGUACAACGUCGUGCCCAAGCUCAACGAGCUCGAGGGCCUGGUCUCGGACGCGGAGAGGCGGCGGCGGGCGCACGCCUCCGCUGCCAGGAGGAGGACGGCCAAGGGGAAGGGGAAGGAGAGGGCCGAGGGGGGCGCCGACGCGGGCGGUGACGACGACGGGGGGGACAUGAAGCCCACGCCGCCGCAUAUGCUCCCUGCGGACGCCAUCCUUGCCGCCCACCUGGCGCCGCACCUGGCGAGCCAGCAGAGCCAGAUGAAUGCCAGGCUGCAGAACACGCAGGCGGCCAAUGUCGCGCUGUGGGACGAGAUCCAGAAGCAGCGGGCAGAGGUGGACGAGCUGCUCGGCGCGCUGGAGCGCGCGCUGGCCGAUGUGGACGGGGCGGCGGCGCUGCUGGAUCAUGUUCCCGCCGAGGAGCUGGCGAGGGAGUCGGUGGCUGUGGAGGCUGAGAUGACGGAUGCGUGA